AUGCACCCUACCACUUUCCCAGUAUCGAGGGAUGGCCUACUCCAACUACCCACGGGCGACCCUCGACGAAGAGCGACCUUCGGACCAUUGCGCAUUCUAGCUCUUGAUGCGCCUCGAGAGUACUGUGUUGGCAGUGCUAUGAACAAUGACUUUGUUCUACGUGGCGACUUCGCACAUUAUGCUAGUAGGCGGCAUUGCAAACUUACUUGGGAUGGCGAGCAAAUGUCGAUUACGGAUCUGGAGUCGUUGAAUGGAACAUGGGUCAACAAACAGCGUCUUGCGCAUGGCGAAGUUCGCUUACUCCGCGACCAGGAUCAAGUAGCCAUCACACCACUCGCGCUUGACGGUCGACUCAGCGCCUCCCACUGUCAGUUUGAGUAUAUGGAGUGUAAACUAGGAGGAUUUCAUACGCUUGUAUUUGUGUACAAGGAGUACUCGCUCGACAGUCUGGAAACGACGUUGACAUCCCCAGCUCGUGCGGUGAGACGGUCUCUAGCUGAGCUUCAACGCAUACGCAAAGUCGUCCACGGUCUUCGUUUAUCUCGGAUCCACAAGCCCCCGUCGAUUUCUGCGGGAGAAGAUCGAGUUGCGCGCACAUACACCGGCUCUGUGGAUCGGCCGGGACGACCCGAGACCCCAUUCUACAUACCUCCCUUGCCCAUCGACCUCACUCCUGAGCUUCACAGACAUAAGCCACUUCGCCGCGCUGCCUUCCUUAUACCAGGACCUGAAGACCCCGAUGGGUUCCCUGCCGACCAUCCUGACAUCAUCUGGCGAAAGGGCCUGAGCUACAAACAUGUACCUGGCACUCGCGCUCCCUCAUAUCAGAUGCAACAAUGGUCGUGCUAUUACAAUCUUCCCGUGGGCCUCCACUGCGAUUGGCCCUUAUUCUCCUCCGUCGCUUACGGAGCUCGACCUCCGCCUGAUGCGCUACCGCCUCGGGCUCAGCGCGAGGAAGUGUUUGCUAAUUAUCACUGGCCUAAGGAUGAGUUUACGAAUAAAAGUUGCUAUCCCGUUGCCGCGGUACCGGCUCGUCCCUCUCUCCCACCGACUCCUCAACACGGCAGCGCUGGCGCAAGACCGGGAUCGUCAUCGCGCACCGAGGCACUUCGCGUGCGACGAACGGCACUUCCUUCACCAUCAAUGGCGAUACCAGCCAGUCCCACCAUCCGACGCAAUCUGAAGCGACCUCGGAGCCCCGACGAUGCUACGAUUGAUAGACCCGCAAAGCGCGUAGCGGUCUCGGCCAUCUUAAGCGCUCAUCCGCCCAUACUCUCUUCGCCUCUCGGGGCGUCCCCUUGUCGGACCUCACCGCCAUCGGAUCCGCGUGUGCUCUCGAUGCGCCCGGUAGCAACGACUCCGAGUUCUCACACUGCGCCUGAUUCGGUCCAAGUUCCAUCACCAAGUGCUCGGGCACGGACACGCAGCUCGAUAGACAAGACACUCUGCAUACACGACGUACCUGGUGCCGCCCAUGUUGCGAAUUCGCAUGCACGCAAGCGAAAGCGCGAAGACGACGCCGACGCCGACGCGACCGCCGAAGAUGUUGAGAUUCUUUCGGCGCCUGUGGUACCGGCUGCCCAACCUGACGACGCGCCGUCGGCUAUUCCUCAACCUUCUGACAGCGCCGACACGACCCAGCACUUGAUACCCCGGAAGCGACGUCGCAUUCAGCCUUCGGCCCCUAUCCGGCGUUCUUUGCGCGUGCGGGAGAAGGCAGGGAUCGGGAAGCACAAGAGCUUCCAGGACAUCAUCAACUCGCUCGACACGCUCCCCGCGACGAUCAACGCGACGUACAUCGACCAGAGCUCGUAUUGGCUGACCUUCUUUCCGCUCCGCGGCUUCCUCGUCAUCUUCGACCUCGCGCAGAUCCACAACCUCGUCUGGAUCUCGUUCAAGACGCACGUGCUCGGCCGCACGCCGCGCGACCACCGCGAGUACACGCGCCCGCAGGACUUCGAAUACGCGGCGUACUACGCCAAUUUGCUGUUCAUGGGCACCAUCUAUAUCAACCGGGUAUUCCACCAGCGCUUCAGGUACUACACACCCACCGAGGACGAGCUCCGCGUCGCCAAGAUCCACUCCGAGCGCGCCGAUAUCAAAGGCAACCGUCUCGAGAAGCGCUUCGGCCACCCCGUUCUCCACGCCGAGCUCUUCACGCCCAUGCUGCACGCCAACACGAUGCCCCUCCUCGCAGAAGUCUACCACGGCAAGAUCGCGCGCCCGGGCACGACCAAGUUGGAGGAGUACGGCGAUCUGGAGUACGAUCCCGCGCUGUUCAGACGCGAUCGCGGGGAGCUCGACUGGGACCAGCGCUCUAUCGCCACGACGGCCGUCCUGGGCAAAGGAGGAGACAACGCGAGCCUGUACACGACGUCGAAACAGCCGUUCGGCGGCCGCGAGCAGUAUCUGGCGCACGGGCCCGGCGCGUCCGAGAUCGAGCGCACGCGGUUCGAUAACGACAAGAUCCCGCUUCUGCCGCCGACGCUCGCGUAUAACCAGAGCUCGGCGAGCUUGCCGGGGUAUCCGCCGUCGAGGACGGGGACGCCGACGCCGCGGUUGGACCCGGACGAGCUUCCCCCGCCUGCGCCGUAUCAGGCGUACGCCAGCCAAAGCAAUGUGGAUUUGGGGAGCUAUCAGCAGUAUCCGCCGGGCGUGUAUCAGCCGGCGUAUGAGAGGGAGGCGCCGAUGCAUAGGCCGCAGGGAACGUAUAGCCCGCAGGGGCAGCAGAGGGCGUAUAGUCCUGCACAGCAACAGCAGCAGAGGGCGUAUAGUCCGGCGCCUCCGCCGCAGGAGCCGGGCGAUGGGAAUAUGGCGGGGAGGGGAGCGAGGAAUCAUUAUCGCGCAUGA